AUGAAUUCCGACAAAGAUUUUAAUGUCACUGAGAUAAAUAAAUCACUGAAACGAUUCGGAUUAGCGGAUUAUUCAGUAUUUGUAUUCAUGCUGAUGAUGUGCUCCGUUGUGGGAAUUUACUUCGGAUACAAAGAUCAUAAAAAACAUCAUCAAAACAAAUUGUUAUCCAGGCGAGGUUCCGUUGAAUUGGACUAUUUAGUAGGGGGUAGAAAUAUGCAAGUUUUUCCCGUGGCCAUGUCUUUAGUCGCAUCAGGAUUAUCAGGGAUUACUUUAUUAGGAAUGCCCACAGAAGUUUACAUUUAUGGAAUAAACAUCGUUUACAUUUUUCCCACAAUGAUUUUCUUGGCCUUAUUUGUGCAUCAUGUCGUUAUUCCAGUUUUUUACAAUCUCCAAAUCGUUUCAACUUAUGAGUAUCUCGAGAUGCGAUUCAGCACUAAAGUGAGACUUUUUGGAUCGUUACUCUUUCUUCUUAGUAACGUGAUAAUUUAUGUUCCAGCUUUGUCCUUCAAUCAGACAACCGGAAUAAAUGUUCAAACUAUCAGCAUCUUUGUCUGCCUUGUUUGUGUCUUUUAUACUCUCUUAGGUGGGAUUAAAGCUGUCGUAUGGACUGACGUGAUUCAGAUACUGUUGAUGUACGGAUCUAUGACGUUUAUCAUAGUUAAUGGCGUUACAGACAUCGGCAGUCUAUCAAUUAUUUUUGAAAGAAACGCUCAAAGUUCAAGAUUCGCACCACCGAAUGUGAAUUUUGAUUUAACUGAGAGACAUUCAGCGUUGUCAUUAAUGAUUGGCGGAACGACAUUUUUCAUUAAUCUUUUUGGUAUCGGACAACCGAUGAUUCAACGUUAUUUGUCACUCCCUUCAAUUAAAGCUGCUAGGAAAGCACUGCUUUUGAACAUUAUCGGAGUUGUAUUAAUGGCUUCGAUGUGUUGUUUUUGUGGUCUGAUUAUAUAUGCGAAAUAUCACGAUUGUGAUCCUUUAACAACUAAAUUAGUGUCGGCUAAAGAUCAACUUUUACCACUACUUGUAAUGGAAAAUGUGGGAGAUGUUCCGGGAUUUCCAGGCUUAUUCAUAGCUGGCGUAUUUUCAGCAUCACUAAGCUCAUUAUCAACGGCACUUAACUCAGCAGCUGCUGUUGUUCUUGAAGACUUUUGGAAGCCAAAUUCAAAAAAAGAGCUUAGUGAGAAGCAAACAGCUUUCAUAAUGCGUUCAACAGUUUUUGUAUUGGGAGCUAUUUCGGUCGCACUCGUUUCAGUUGUACAAAAGUUAGGCGGAGUUUUACAACUUGGAAUGAGUUUAUUAUCAGCUUCAAAUGGACCUCUCUGUGGAUUAUUCUUUAUCGGAUUUUUCCUUCCAUGGAUCAAAGCGAAGGGAACACUUAUUGGAGCUCAUGUAUCAAUUGUGAUAUCAAUGUAUGUGGCAUUUAGAGCACAACUCGACCAAUCAUCCGGUGAAUUAAAUCAUGAUGUUAAGCCAACAUCAAUAGAUGGAUGCAGUUACAGUUUCAAUAUUCAAAAUUUCACCAAAGCUUCAACAUUGCCAGAAGACGAGACAGAAAUUUCCCUGAAACUUCAUCAUAUGUCGUAUUUCUUUUUUUCAGUCUUUGGAACUUUCAUUUGCAUUGUGGUCGCUUAUAUUGUAACGCUCAUUGAUCGAGAUACCGAUCCUUCGAAAGUUGAUACAAAACUUCUCGCUCCAUUUAUCAGAAAAUAUUUCGAUAAAAAUAAUUUAGAGAAUUUUCUUGAAGUAAAAGUUGAAGACAUGAAUGUUGAAUCUGAGACAAAUAAAGUUCGAGAAAUGAAUGUCGAUGAACUUAGUAAUUCUUUAAAACGAUUUGGAACAGCCGAUUAUGCAGUAUUUAUUACUAUGCUCGUCUGUUGUUCGAUGGUUGGACUUUAUUUUGGUUAUAAAGAUCAUGAGAAGCAUAAAAAGAUGUCAAAGAAGCAACAGGAAGAAGGUGGCACGGAAGCUUUAGAUUACCUCAUGGGCGGAAGAAAUAUGCAAGUUUUUCCUGUUGCAAUGUCACUCGUUGCGUCAUUCGUUUCUGGUAUUACAUUGUUAGGAACAAGUACCGAAAUUUAUUUGUAUGGAACGCAGUAUUGUUACAUUUUUAUCUCGAUUGCACUGGCGGCAUUCAUCAUGCAUCAUACAAUAAUUCCGGUUUUCCAUGAGCUUCAGAUAACGUCAACAUACGAGUAUUUGCAAAAACGUUUUGACCGAAAUGUUCGACUUUUUGGCUCGACUAUGUUUACAUUAGCGACUUGUUUGUGGAUGCCAAUCGUGAUUUACGUACCAGCUUUAUCGUUCAAUCAAACAACCGGCGUUGAUAUUCACAUAAUUACACCAAUUGUUAUGACUAUUUGCAUCUUUUAUACAUGUUUAGGCGGAAUUAAAGCAGUGGUUUGGACAGAUGUAAUUCAAAUUAUUUUAAUGUAUGGAACACUCGUCUUGAUUGUCAUUAAAGGCACAAUAAGUGUGGGAGGAUUAUCUGUAGUAAUUGAUAGAAAUUACGGUAGUGGAAGAUUUGAAGCACCUGAUUUUCGUUUGGAUCCAACAAUCAGACAUUCAUUCUGGACUAUUUUAAUUGGUGGUACAAUAUUCUGGUUGAAUGUGAAUGGAUUAAAUCAGAACAUGAUUCAGAGAUACAUGUCUCUGAAAGAUGUUAAAACAGCACGCAAAGGUCAAGUGAUGUAUGUGAUUGGAGUGACUGUUAUGAUUUUCCUUUGUGUUUACAAUGGCUUACUACUUUAUGCAAUGUACCAUGAUUGCGAUCCAUUAACAACUAAACUUGCUAAAGCGAAAGAUCAAUUGAUGCCUUUGCUUGUCAUGGAUAUUUUGAAGGAUCUCCCAGGCUUGCCAGGAUUGUUCAUUGCUGGUGUCUUCUCAGCUGCUUUAAGUUCACUUUCAACUGGUUUGAAUGCGAUGUCUGCGGUAGUUCUCGAGGAUUUUUGUAAGCCUUUCAUGAAGAAUGGAGUUACAGAACGACAAAGUGCUUACAUCAUGCGUGGCACCGUGUUGGUUAUAGGAAUUGUUUCAGUUGCACUCGUUUAUGUGGUUCAACAUUUAGGUGCAGUUCUUCAGUUAUCAAUGAGUGUUCCAACAGCGUGUUUUGGUCCAAUGCUUGGAGUUUAUGUUGUUGGUUUUACUUUGCCAUGGGUUGGAAAGCGUGCUACGCUGUACGGUGCUAUUAUUGGAUGCAUCACCAUGAUGACAAUUGUUUUUAAAGCUCAAGCUGAAAUGGCACUAGGGCAUAUGAAAUUUGAAUACAAACCAUUGUCAACUGAUGGUUGUGGAUACAACUUCACAGUUUCUAGUGAUAAAAAUUUAACCACAAACUCAACAAUUAAUGCUCAUCACGAUGACAAAAGCAUUUAUCACAUUUCUUAUCUUUAUUACACUCUUCUGGGUUCACUGGUCGUGACCGUUACGUCACUUCUAUUUAGCUUCAUUUUUGGCUUUCAAGAUCCAAAUGACGUCGACCCUAGGCUGUUGGCGCCAUUUUUAAGGAAAUACAUAAAACCAAUGCCGAAUAAACAACAAUUUAUUGAUGUAAAUGGAAAAGAAGUUGUCGUACAUAAUUUUGAUAUCAAAGAGAACACUUGUACAUAAGAAUUUUGGGUAUAUGUAACAGAUCUAAUGUGUAAUAAAAUUUAUCUGAAUAAAUAUCAAAAGCAAUUUUCUGUUUUUGUUGAC